CGUCACGAAGUACUUCUUCUGAGCACCUCCGCCGCAGCAUUCCCAUCUCGCGUUCUUGCUCGAUUGCCUCUUGUUCGUUGCUUUCUUCCAGCACACAACCGGCGAGGGCGACGGGCGGAGACGACGAUGGGGAACUGCGGGACCAAGCCGAAGACGAGCGAAGGGGACGACGCCCCUGCUCCGGCCGAGCCGCGGACGCCGGCGGGCCCGUCCGAGGGGGACCGGAAGGACGAGGAGGUCGCAGCGCCGGGAGAGGCGAGCCAAGCCGUCGUGGCGCCACGAAGUGAGGAAGCUACGACCACAGCAGCUGAAACAAAAGAGGACGGUGAACCAAAGGAAGAGGAGGCUGUUCCCAUGGAGGACGCCGAUCAGGGCAAGGAGAAGGAAACGCCGACGACAGAGGCGGCCGGCGAGCUUCCGGCAUCCGCUCCGGCGAGCGUCGCCUGAUACACCAUUGCACCCAAUCAUCACGCUAAAAUGACGGCGUUCUUGCGAGUUCAGUUUUUGCUUCCAGAUUGCUUGAGGCAUGGCACGACCCUACCACUUCUUUGUUAUUUAUUUCCUCGCCAUUUCGGCGAUGAAGUUCCUUUGUUUGAUUCGUAUGGACAGGGAUUAUUGAACCUUUCUUCUUCUUCUUUUUUGUUACGCGGCUGUUGUUGGUGUGGAGAACGUAUGGAACUGAGCUACCUUUUUUGUUGGUUUCCUGGACAGAUUGGGGAUUGCUAUUUCCAACCUACUAAAUCAAA